CACACAAGGAUUGUGUAUUUGAAAGUAGUUGAUACAGAAUUGUCCAUGCAGCUACAGAACCACCUCAAUCUACAAGUACAUCAUGUGUUGUACUGCAAAAUGUUUGACAAACCUUGUAGCUGAUGAUUUCAAUUUACUCCACAAAGUAUCUAGUAAGGGGUGACUGCAAUAAACCAAGCAAGAGGAGAAAAUAAUCAUAGGCACAACAGCUGGGAUAUUGCUUUAAAUGUAAAUCAUAUCAAGUAACUGUUCUGCACUCAAACUCUAAUGGCUUUCCUUCACGCUUAGAAUACAAUAAAAAAUUGGUAGCAUACUAUGGCUUCCGUGGCACUAAGCUCUGCCUACCUCGCUGACCUUAUUUCCUACCACUUUCCUCCUCUCGCUGUGCUCCAAACUCCUUGCUCUUCCUAAAGCAUGCUAAGAUUGUUCCUGCCUGGGGCCUCUGCACUUGCUGUUCCAUACACCUGAAAGUCAUUUUCUCCCAAGUAAUCAGAGUUCACUUCAUCACUUCAUUUUAGGCCUUUGUUCAGUGUCAUCCUCUUAGAGCCCCUCCUAACCACCCUAUAUAAAACAGCACCCUACCAUAUUCCUCCCUCUUCAUCUCCUUACCCUGCUUUACUGUUUAGUUUAUGGGACAUAUAACAAGCUGCCAUUGCACUACAUACUAAUUGGUUUCUUUCCCCCACUAGGAUAUAAGCUCUGUGACAGUGAAGACUUUUGCUCACUUCUCCAGCAUCUAGUAGGUGCCACACAAAUAAAUACUGACUACAUUUAAUCAACAAUCUCAUUUACACCCAAACUAUAUUAAAUAGGUAGUAUUGUCAUCCUCACUUUACAGUUUGCAGGAAAACUAUUGGUGCACAAACCUUAAGUAAAGACCUGAAAACAAACUGAGGGAACAAGAAGUCUGGACUUGAUGACUGAUCACCAAAACAAGUAAAUCAAAGCGAAGUCGUCUGAUUAGUAUGGAAUAAGGGAAACCCAAAUCAUACGAGAACACCAAUUAAAAUGUGGGACACGCAGGAAGAAGGCAGACGGAACUGCUGCUGGAUAACUGAGUCUUUCCUAAUGACAGUACCUUAUGUUGCCCUCACAAUUACCCCGUUAGAUAGGCAAGGCAGGCAUUGUAUUAGACAAUCAUUAACAAGCAGGACGCUGACAGCCAGGUUCGCAGCCAGGAGUGGUGGCCUGUCUGGCUCCGCACUCACGGGUUCGGACAGUUACAUAAUUAACACUCAAGCCCUGGGGCUUCCCGCAGCCCCCGGGGCGGGGGGGCUCACUGACUGGCCUCCCGGAAGCGGACCCCAGGAGAACCAGGCAGUUGGUUAAUCCAGGAACAGUUCCUGCGCGGGGCGUGGACUGAGCAGUCACUGAGUAUUACGCAAAUUGCGCGAGCGCACGGGAAAAGCGAUUGGUCGGUCAGGAGAGAGAGGUGUGUCCUGGCGGGCCCGCAGCUCCGAUUGGCCGACAGGCUCACGGGAACGUUUACGGUCAGCGUGUAUCAGCGUCGUGCAACCCGGAAGGGAAGAAGGGGCGUGUCAGGCUGCGCAGGCGGCCAGUCCAUUGGCUGGAAGAGACCGGAGCCGGGCUCCGGGCGCGACCAGAGGAGGGCGGUGCUGCAGGGCUGGUGCGGGAGGUGACGACCGGCUUCGGGGAGUCUAUCAUGGCAGCUCGGACUGGUCAUACGGCCUUGAGAAGGGUAGUCUCGGGAUGCCGUCCGAAGUCGGCGACAGCGGCCGGGGCGCAGGCGCCCGUGCGGAAUGGCAGAUAUUUAGCUUCCUGUGGUAUACUGAUGAGCAGAACUCUUCCACUACAUACCUCAAUUUUGCCUAAGGAGAUAUGUGCACGAACUUUCUUCAAAAUCACUGCACCAUUAAUAAACAAAAGGAAAGAAUAUUCAGAGAGAAGAAUUUUAGGGUAUUCAAUGCAGGAAAUGUAUGAUGUAGUAUCGGGAGUGGAGGAUUACAAGCAUUUUGUUCCUUGGUGCAAAAAAUCAGAUGUUAUAUCAAAGAGAUCUGGAUAUUGUAAAACAAGAUUAGAAAUUGGAUUUCCACCUGUGUUGGAGCGAUAUACAUCAGUAGUAACCUUGGUGAAACCACAUUUAGUAAAGGCAUCUUGUACUGAUGGGAGACUUUUCAAUCAUUUGGAGACUAUUUGGCGUUUUAGCCCAGGUCUUCCUGGCUACCCAAGAACUUGUACCUUGGAUUUUUCAAUUUCUUUUGAAUUUCGAUCACUUCUACAUUCCCAGCUUGCCACACUGUUUUUUGAUGAAGUUGUGAAGCAGAUGGUAGCUGCCUUUGAAAGAAGAGCAUGUAAGCUGUAUGGUCCAGAAACAAAUAUACCUCGGGAGUUAAUGCUCCAUGAAGUCCAUCACACAUAAAGGCAAAAAAAGAACUGGUGCCACCUGCUUCUGACUUUAGUUUGUUCACUUUUGGGAAGUAUUUUCAUGACAUGUUUUCAGAAGCCAGAAAGCAUUUGUUAAACGCAGCUUUGGUUAUAAACCUGCACCAUUGAAAAUUUGCACAUAGAAUAUAGACUCACUUGUACAUAGAAUUAUUUCUUCAAGUAUAAUUCAAAAUAAUAUGGACAUUAUCACGUUCUACAUUACAAUAAUGGGAUGUCAUCACCAUUGCUAGAAUACUGGCAUGAUUCUUCUGAGCAGAAGUUGAAACUGUAAAUUUAAACCUUUUAAUUAUCACCUUACCUGAAAGAGGUUAGUUAAGAUAUUCACACAGUAUGUAUUAUAUUAACCAUAUCACACUUAAGUUAUUAAAUUCAGACUAUUUGUAACUUAUUGUUAUAGGGCCUGCCGUAUGGCUUAGGAUAUUUGAGUAAUCAUAUAUUUAAAGUAAAAACUUUGGGCUGGGCACAGUGGCUCACACCUGUAAUCCCAGCACUUGGGGAAGCUGAGGUGGGCAGAUCAGUUGAGGUCAGGAGUUCUAGACCAGCCUGGUCAACAUGGCGAAACCCCAUCUCUACUAAAAAUACAAAAAUUAGCUGGGCAUGGUGGCACACACCUGUAAUCCCAGUUACUUGGGAGGCUGAGGCACAAGAAUCGCUUGAACCCGGGAGGCGGAGGUUGCAGUGAGCCAAGAUCGCCCUGCUGCACUCCAGCCUGGGCAACAGAGGGAGACUCUGUCUCCAAAAACAAAAACAAAAACUGUUAGUGAAGGUUCCCUGGGACUUUUGAUAUUUUAAAAAUUGUUCUUAUGACUAGUAGAUAAAUUCAGUGCCAUAAUGAGGCUAGCUCCCAGAUGAACAGUGUAUUUUCUUCUUUUUUUUUUUUUUUUGGUGAGUGGUCCAGAGCUUUAAGCUACUUUUCCAGUAGUUUGCCACUUUCUCCGAGGUAGUUUGGCUGCUCUUUCAGUAAUGCUAAUUGUGUGUCAAAUUUUGUCUACAACAGUAGGCAACAGAUGAAGAUAAGUUGGUUGAAUGUCUCCAGCACUAUGCAUCCCUAUUUUCUAUUUAUUGUGUACACUCACUUUCAGUAAUGUGUUUCAAACUGGUAUUUUUUAAAAAACAAAUCAAUGUAAGGACUGAAGUUGAAGUAGCAAUGUAAUAAAGUUAAUUUGUUUAUUUUUUGUA